CAUUUUUAAAAUUUUCAACUAAAAAUGCAGUGCGCUCUAAUUUGAGACACCCUGUACCAAUUUUUUACUAAAAGUACCGUAUACAGCGCCAUCUUCCGAAUAUUACCCAAAAUUUUAUGGUUCUAUUCAAACCUAUUUUAUAAAUGUCGAUAAUUUUACAGAAUCCAUAGAAUCACUAACUGACUGAAUCUGUUUUUAAUGUUCGAUUAAAAAGAAUUAUUGUUUGAUUCUCUGGACUCCAGAUGCACUAAAUUAUUUCAUUUCUACAAACAUACAAGUAUAAAAUGCUUAUUUUUAUGUUCAGUAGGUCAGUCUUUAAAGUUCAAUUUUACGUGGUGGUAUAUUUUCAAAAAUUAUUUGCACAUUUGCACCACAGAUUUACCACGGUAUUUGAUUCAAUACCCCUGUCUCCUGUCAUUUCUGUUUAUUUGUGGGUUAAGAAAUAUCAGCUGACAUUUAUUUUUUUUAUAUUAUUAAAAUUUGGUGAAUUUUACCUUUUUAUUGUAUUUUUUAUGGAAAUAAUUCUAAGGAGUAAAAAUACGUGAAUUCGACACCUUUUAAAAUUUUCAGUAAUGUUUGGAAUAACUCAUUAACAGGAUACUUACACAGGUUCUAAAUAUUUAAGGAAGGUAUUUGAUUUAAAAAAGAAGCAACACGUUGGAAAGUUCUUUAACUAUAAGACUGUUGUCUUGAAAAAAGAUUAUGGAGUUCGAAACAACGAAGGAUUUUUCGGAAUUUUGUCAACAUCUUAGUGACUUACGGGUGAAAUUUCAAAAAUGGGACAGCUGCGAAAAAACUGUGGCACUUUAUUACUUAAUGGUUGGAUUGCCCUUUUCAAAUGCAAAAUUUCUACAGAAUGCUUUAAAUCAACUGCUGCCAACAAUUAAUACAGCCGACACUCAAAGAUUGGAAAAUAAUGCUAAUAAUCCAGCUGUAAUUGAUAGUUUCUUAGCAGAAACUCCUCAAACGGCUUUGUGUUUAUUGUUACAUCAUUUGCCAAUGCUUAAACCAGGAAAUAGGGAAGCGGCACAAACAUAUUUGAAUACCAUAAGAAGAAUUUUGACAGAAUUUAUAACGCCACCAUUUAAGAAGAUUUAUAAUGAGUGCGUGGAAAUUAUGUCCUAUGUAUAUAUUCACCCUGCCUUUGAUAAGGACGACAAGAGGUCUUUCAAGCACCUUUUGAAACAAGUUAUAAAUAAGGUGAGUCCCGAGAAUUUUGUACAUUCGCCAGUCAGCGAGAUAAUCAGCGAUAGCGGAAGCGACAAUCCAGAUUUAAUAAACAACAACAAAAAACGAUCGAACAGUUUGAUACCCGAAUCGACGUACGUAUGUGAUAUAGAGAACUGGUCGUCUCAAGAGAAUCUGGUCAACAGGUUAUCGAAACCAAGAAGUUACUCGUUAUCGUGCGAGAAAAACACUUUACAAAUACCCCAAAUUCACACGAGCAGUUCGGAGACGAAACUUCAAGAGAUCAUAAUCAAGAACAAUUUGCCCAUUAUGAAAUCUAUCCUGUCGUGGUUGAAGUCGCUUCGGUUGCACAAAUACAGUUGGAUAUUUAACAAUUUAACGGCAGGUCAAAUGCUGAAUCUCACGGAGGACUAUUUGAUAGGAGUGGGCGUGACUAAAGGUGCUAGACACAAGUUACUGAUAAGUUUGGAGAAACUAAGGGGACGAAUGAGGGCGCUCGAAGACUUGGAAAUGGCGGUUUUGCACGGAGGGGAUUUGAAUAAAGCUUUAAAAGAACUGAAAUCUAUUUUGUAUACGCCUUUGCAGAUUUCUAUGGGAGAAGAUUUGUAUUCUCAAUUUGUCAGAGUUAUGGGGAAAGUUUGUGCGCAAUUGUUGACGAUGCGCAAUCCAUCGGACGAAAAUCUAGUUUUGUUCAAUUCAAUGUGCGAAAAGGCUGAAGAUAUGGAUGGAUUUACCUACGACCAUAAAAAGAAGUUGUCGAUGUGGCGGGAACAACUGGCAGUCGGUUCUAACUUACCAAUUUACCCCCAAGGAAAUUGUUGUCGAAAGAGUAUAAGGAAUAAACAGACGAAAAAUCCGAAAUCCUAUAUAUUUGAAGCGUCGGUCGAUCCGUCGUCAGGUACCCAAAAAAGUUCUUCGUACCCGAACAUGCAGAGCAGUUCGAGUUAUUUAGGCCAUAGACAUUCCGUGGAUAGUGUCACGUUAAAAAGCCAACUGUUGCACAUAAACCCCGCGAGUUCACGCGAACCCUGUCCUAACGAUAAAUGCGGUACGAACUCGAGUAGGCUGAAGUCGAACUGUCAGUCUGUCAAAAACAAUCUGGACAUCGAGAGUAGUUUAGAGUCUUUAUGUAUACAGAUGAUGGAGCACGCGUUAGGACCGUAAAGUAUAUUUUAUAUUUAUUGACUGUUGACAAAUUUAUUUUUUUAGAGGCUAGUCGUGUUCUGUUUGCUAGUACUACAAUUUUUUGUAGGAAAAUGUUGAUAUAUAUGUGAUGUGAUGUAAUUUAAGCCAACUAAUGUUAUGUUUUUAAUAAAACAUCUAUGACAAGAUA